GAUCCAGAUACCUUGAUCGCAGGUGGUGCCAUGUCAGAUGAACACGCUUUGCAACACGCACCUUUUGAAGCGUGCCAAAGGAGUGGCGAGCAAAUUCAUCCAGCGUACAUUUGCUACGAGUCUGGUCUCGCCUCUGACAAGAGUUCUGCCGGAGCCAUCUACAGCGCCGUGCGCGCAUGCUUCGCAGAGCUUGGCGUCUUGAGAUACCCCGACACGGAUUCCGCAGUGGAAGAGACUGUCGGACGUGACUGGGAGCAUUUUGAGAUUACCGACGUCUUCAAGCUCGAUAGCAGAGGCUACGAGUGGAUCAACGGCUUUGGCUCUCAGAACUUCCAGGUCUUGCCUCCAGGGGCUGCGUUUGGCAGGCGGCUUGAACCGCUCGAGGAGCUGAUUGCACCGACUGGCCGAGACUCGUACCUCAUCUUUCCGAAAGGCAAAGCCUUUUGGAUCCCGGGUUGGCCUCUUGGCUGGCUCGCCCGGAAGCUUGUGCCUGAAGAGCUCUGA